AUCUCCUGAUUAUACGGGAUUUGAUUGGAACGAAGUUGAUACCAUGGAAACAAUGGAUAACGAGCAUCAGCGUGGUGCAACCGUGCACUCUCUCCUGUCCACUCUCUUCGACACAUUCUCCUCUAUCGACGAUCUAUAUAAACGCCUAUUGAUGAAAAUCAAUAGCUUCGACAACGCGCAUAAAGAGGGGCCCAAAAACCAUAAACGGAGCAAAUCACGAAGCCGCAGCCGAAAAGGCUUACGAAAAUCGAGUUCGAGUUCGGAGACUGAAUCCGGCGACCCACAUCCCCAUGCCGACUGGCGCUUUCGAUUCCGUCGAAACAAAAGUCACCGACGGUGGCAAGCAGAUACAUAUGACGACGGCAAAAGGGGAGACCUGGCUCAUAUGUACAGUAUAGCGAUACGAGCGGAGUAUGAUCAAUGCUUCCGUCGAUUCGGUGACAAAUUCGCACACGGGGACUGUACGUAGUACCACAGCGAACCAGUCGCAGAUUAACGCAGACACUGGAGCAAUCUAACGCAAGAGACAGUGAUGGCGCAGAGCGCACUACAGAUCCAAAUCAUAACGAUGCAAUCGAGCAUUAUAGAGACCUUUCAAGAAUCAUCCUUGUUAUCAAAUUACACACGAUACCCUCUGACAUA